AUGAAACAAACCUCAUUGAUAACGCGUCCAACGGACAGCCAGAUGAUGGUCAACAUUCCCUACAGUGACAUGACUCUUCCUCAACAAGGCCCUGAGAACCCAUUUGGAGAGCGUAAUCGUUUCCAGAACCAGAACGCUCUCGCCGGGCAUGUAGAAGAACAGUCCAUGACUGAACAUUCCUUCCGCGCACAACACCUCACUCACGCUAUCCUCGGCUACUCUGCCAACCCUUCCGUCGAUCCGAAUGCCCCUACCAUCGUCGGUUCGCUCGAAGCUGCUCGCGCAAAUAACUUCAGCACGACUGACACAAUACGCGCUCCAAAUGAGAAGAAGAAGGAGCUCAAGCGGAAACGGCAUGGGAAGGGUGAUCUUGAGGUUGUGGAGGGCGAAGGAGCGUAUGUUGGACCUUGGGCUUCAUGGCAGGGCGACGACAUGAAAGACGUGGUCCCAGAAGCGACCACUGGUGCUGAGGAGCAGGACGAGGAGGAAUCGGAAGAAGAGGUUGUGGCGACGAGGAAGGCGAAGCCCAAGCGUGGUGCUCAGGGGCAGGAGACUUCAGUAUUCCAUGGCAAGUCGAUGACCGACUACCAAGGACGGACGUACAUGUAUCCACCACUGGGAGAGGCACCUCAACUACAAGCCGAACCAGGAUCACAAGAAACCUUCAUCCCGAAGGUUUGUAUCCAUACAUGGACGGGCCACACCCAAGGUGUCUCCGUUAUUCGUACUUUCCCCGAGACUGGCCAUCUCCUGCUCAGCGGAUCCAUGGACACUAAAAUCAAGCUUUGGGACAUCUACACGCAUGGCAAUUGUCUUCGUACUUUCCAUGGACAUGUUAAAGCUGUCAAGGAUGUGACUUUCUCAAACGACGGACGGAAGUUCUUGUCGUGCGGGUAUGACAGGCAGAUGAAGCUAUGGGACACGGAGACCGGGCAAUGUCUUCAACGGUUUAGCAACGGCAAGAUCCCUUACGUCGUACGCUUUCAUCCUGACGAGGACAAGCAACACAUCUUCCUGGCUGGUAUGUCCGACAAGAAGAUUAUCCAGUACGACAUGAACACCGGAGAAAUCACCCAGGAGUACGACCAGCAUCUUGGACCGGUGAACACCAUUACUUUCGUCGACGAAAACAGGCGCUUUGUGACUACGUCGGAUGACAAGACGAUCCGCGCUUGGGACUUCGAUAUUCCCGUCGUCAUCAAGUACAUCGCAGAACCCCAUAUGCAUUCCAUGCCUGCUGUGACACUUCAUCCAUCCAAAAAAUACUUUGCCGCCCAAUCGCUCGACAACCAGAUCCUCAUUUACAGUACGGACAACUUCCGGCAGAACCGGAAGAAACGGUUUGCUGGACACACCGUCGCCGGCUAUGCCUGCCAGGUCGGGUUUUCGCCUGACGGGAAGUGGAUCAGCAGUGGCGAUGGAGAGGGCAACGUCGUAUUCUGGGACUGGAAGAGCGGGCGGAUUAAGUCGAGGCUGAAGGCACAUUCGAAGGUAGUCAUCGCGCACGAAUGGCUACCACACGAGUCGUCGAAGUUGAUCACGGCAUCUUGGGAUGGGCUCAUCAAGCUUUGGGUAUGUUCUUACUUUCAUUCUCUAUCCAGAUUGGUCAUUUGA